GAAAGGUCGCAUUGGAAUCAAAAUGUCACAGGGGGCGUCAAAGUUUUCGCUAUCGUCCUUAGUAGUCGCGCGUUUUUGUGUAGUACACGAUAAUUGUGUUAACGUGCAACGAACAAAGAAAAGUCAUUGUACGAUUAAAAAGUGCUCCGACUUUCCGCUAUAGAAGGAACGAUAUCUUUAUUUAUGGUUCUAGGUUAUGCGGUGCAAGUCCAGUGUGUCGAUUAACCUCUUUAUUUAAGGGUCAUGAAAGGUUUGAUGAUAAUGUAGUCGGCGGGGGUUGCAAAAUCCGUGCAAAGUCAUGAGGAUACUUCUGUUUACAUUGUGAGAUUACGGAACAUGGACUAGCAACUUUAUUUCAGAAUAAUGAAAAAUGCCAAUGAUAACAAAAGUUAGGCAUUGCGAGGAUGUGCAUUUUGAGAAUGUAACAGAAAUGAAAUUCCAGAAUUACAGGAUUCAGUCGUGUGUGGAACCAAUUGUCAUUAACAGGGUGAAAUUUCACACUUGUUCCUGGUCAUCGUUAAUUAUAUGACAGUAGCGCUACCAUUAAUCAAUCACCGAACUUCAAUUAUCAGCUAUAGAAUUGGUGAAUUAGGAAAGCGCUUCAACUGAUUAAGCAUAUUAUUUAUAUUGGAAGAACAUUUUUUUGAUAACAAUUUAAAUAUUUACAUUGAUCGUCAACGAUAGUUGUGACCACAAUUUUCAGUAACAACUUGUGAUCGUUAUAAACUUGUAAUGUGAAAAAUGAUGAAUGUAUGCACCAAAAUAAUGCAGCAUCGAUGUAAAUUAUCUUUGCUCCUUUAACCUAUACGUUGUGAAAGUUAACCUUGAAAAAAAAAGACUAGCCAAUGUGUAAACAGGCUGUAGAUUUUUUGUGGGUAAUGUAAGUAUAUGAGGAUAUAGAUAAGAGUGUGGUUCUCGGAAUCGAUACGUGCUAUCUGUCAACGAUUGUGCCCCAUUCACAUGAUGCGCUUUGCCUGCUUAGUUCCAAAUUCUGUUGUACAUACUUAUAAGGAAGUGUACAAUAUGUGCAAUGAAGAAUCAAAAAGUGGUACUGAAAUAACUUUUGUAACACGCUAUAUUAUGUACCAAAGGGGAAUACAGUGGACUCGUUUCGAGUUAGCCACUUAAUUAUAAUAAAUAGGUACAACGAAAUUAUCUAUUGAUAAAAUCAAUUGUUUAUAGUAUUAAUAUAAAAAGUCGAAAGUAUGAGCGACGAAGAGACCAUAGUGAAGAUGUUUUCAUUCCAAUUUCCAACAUGUACAACUAAUCAGCAGUAUACCUUGGAAAUUCCAUUAAAGAUUCCAUAUCAUGGAUCCAUUAGAGAGUUGACACAUCGUAUCAUGACAGCAUUCAAACUUCCAUGCUACAUUGAAACUGACUUGCUAGAUUCUCUUCAACAUACGGUUAAAAAAUUAACUGAACAGUUUCACGAUGAUAAGGCAGAAUUGCUAAUAGAUGCAGCCAAAAGCGGAAAUCUUGACAUCGAAGAAUUAAUUAAAAGUUGGGAAAAAACAUAUAAACUAAAAACUGUGGAAUAUGCUGAACCGCGAGGUACAACGGAUGAAGAACUCUUUGCAGCGGCAUAUCAUAAAUUGGUCCAUUCACCAUCUUUGGAACCGAUUUUACAAGCAGAACAUACGUAUGGAAAAGCUGUGACUGAAGUGAUUCAAAUGAGAGAUACUGAUUACGAUCAACUAACACAAAAGCAAACCGAAGAGAUGCGUGUAGCAGUAGAGACCCUUGAAACUGGAUCAACCGAGAGAUCUAUAAAUGAAAUGGCAGGUAGACACUUCGAGGAACAGAGUCUUUUACAGGGUCACUGGGGCUCCAGAGUGGAUGCGUUAAAAUUAGAACAAAGAAGACAAUAUCGUAACUGGAUUAUGAAGUUAUUAGAGGAACAACAAACCAGCAUGUUACCAACACCUGUAGGAUCUCCCAUGUCAUCGAUGCCUCCUAUUCAUCCAGAAAUAGAUCGUUUUGUAGGUAACGAUGACAAGAACACAACGGUUUAUCCUCAGCUCGAAGAAAGUUUUACAAUACAUCUGGGAUCUCAGAUGAAACAGAUGCAUAAUAUACGUAUCUUGACCGGAGAUGUCCUCGACUUUUGCAGAAUAAGACAUAAUGAUUCUGGAAUGGAUCCUACGCCACAAAGACUGCAAACUGCCCUAGGAUUAUAUUCGAACGACUUAUGUGGUUUGGUGAUUCUGAGUGACAAUCACUUAGGCAGUUACUCUGGAAUAACGAAGGAACUUUGUUCGAUAUGCCAGUUAACAACGGAAUUUCACUUUCCACCGAUCGACGAACAGCUGGAAAAGAUUCGUGAAGAUGUUAAGGAAGCCGUGGCCUGGAGGCAAGCUCACAGUCGCGAGGGAAACGAUCCCCAGGCAUUUUGUGCGACUGUCCGUUCUCAGGUGAGAAAGUCGACGUCCAGUAAGAGCUUGCAAACCGGAGACGUGUUUAUCACGAGGCACUCAAAUUUGGCGCAAAUUCAUGUAGUGUUCCAUAUGGUGGUACACGAUUCUUUGAGAUCAGGUGACAUUAACUCCCGCCACCCAGCAAUAUUGGGACUGAGAAAUAUUUUAAAAACUGCAUGCACUAACGAUGUAACUACCCUUACGAUACCGGUACUUCUCGUACAUGAGAUGUCAGAGGAUAUGACGGUAGCGUGGUGCACCAAAAGAGCAGAGUUGGUUUUUAAAUGCGUUAAGGGGUUCAUGAUCGAGAUGGCUUCUUGGGGAGGCGCCGAACUGAAGAAUUUGCAAUUUUUAGUGCCCACGGGGAUGUCCGAGGAGGUCUUUGGGACACUAGCCACGAUGUUGCCGAGCAUAUUUCGCGUUUCGAAUCCACUGGUCUUCAAAGCCACCAGCACCCCUCAGACUCCUAAAAAGUAAAGCAACCGGACUCGUACGCCACCUCUACUUUGUAUAAACGAAUACUUGCUCCAUUUGGGGAGCAUGCCUCCUCGAGCUGUACUCUGUACAUUGAGAUGCGAUAUCAAUUCGCCAGUAAACAAGAAAUUUUAAUGAG